CCUGUCCUAGUCACCCUGUGGCCCAUCACUUGCCCAUAGCCAUGGAGAGCCAACAGGACUUCCGGAGCCUCCAAGCAAAGUUCCAGGCCUCUCAGGCUGAGCCCAGUGAACUCCCCCCCAAACCCCCAAAGCCUGAGUUCAACAAACUUAAGAAGUUUCCUCAGCCUGAGCUAAGCGAGCAACCCAAGAAGCCCUUGCAACUUGAGUUCAGUGCAGUGUCCCUGAAGCCUCUGCAGCCUGAGCUCCCUGACCUCCCCAAAAAGCCUUCCAAACCUGAGUUCAGUGAACUUUCCAAGAAGUUCCCACAGCUUGAGGCCACUCAGUUCCCCAAGAAGCCCCCGCAGCCUGAGUUUGCUGACCUCCCCAAGUCCCCACAACUGGAGGCCACUCAGUUUCCCAGGAAGCCCUCACAGCCUGAGGUCAGUGAGGCCCCUCGGAAUGCCUUGCUGCUGGAGCCCAGUGCACUUGUCCUGAAGCCCCUGCAGCCUGAGCUCUGCAAACCCGCCAGGUCCCCCUCAGAACCCAAAUUCAGUGCGUUCCCCAGAAAGUUCCAACAGCCUGAAUCCAGUGAGACCACCCAGAAGCCCUCACAAUCCAAGUUUAGUACCUUUCCCAAGAAGCCCCCACAGCCUCAGAUCAGUGGCCUCCCUAAGAAGUCCCUGCCACAGCCCGACUUUAGUGAGACCCCUCAGACGACCCUUUCAAAGCCUGGGUCCAGUGAGCUCCACCUCCACUCCCCGCAGCCCAAUUUCAGUACACUUCCCAUAAAGGCCCCACAACCUCUGCUGAGUGACCUCCCCCAGAAGCUCCCGCAGCCUCAGGUCGGUGGCCUCCCUAAGAAGUCCCUGCCACAGCCUGAGGUCAGUGAGGCACCUCAGACACCCCUCUGGAAACCUGAGCCCAGCGAGCCCCAGCCCCUGUCCCCAAAGCUCAACUUCAGUUCCUUUCCCAAAAAUCCCCCACAGCCUGAAUUCAAUGCAUACCCCAGAAAGUACCUGCAGCCUCAGGUCAGUGGCCUCCCUAAGAAGUCCCUGCUGCAGCCUGACUUCAGUGAGGCCUCUCAGAUGACCCUCUCAAAGCCUGAAUCCAGUGAGCUCCACCCCCACUUCCCAAAGCCUGAUGGCAGUGUAUUUCCCAAAAAGGCCCUGCAACCUCUGCUGAGUAACCUCCCCCUAAAGCCCCCACAACUUGAGUUUAGUGAUCUUACCAGGACAUCCUCAGAACCUGAAGUCAACGUGCUUCCUAAAAGGCCACAGCAGCCAGAACUCAAAGUGCCUUCCAAGGCAGCCCUGCAGCCAGAGGUGGGCAGCCUCUCCAGGACAUCCUCAGAGCCAGAGUUCAGCUCACUUCCCAGGAGGUUUCUGCAGCCUGAGGGCAGAAGGCCACCACGAAAGUUCUCACAGCCUGAGCCCAACUCUGUGCCCAAGAAGCAUCUGAAGGCUGAGAUUUUCUCCUAUCUUCCUAGAAAGCCCCUGCUUCCCAGCUCCAUUUCAGAGAGCUCACUACCCACCGCUGUUGCUGGCUCCAGCCACCCUGGGUUUGGAGCUGCUGGGAUACCCCAGUGGAGGUCAGGAGGCCUCAAACCUGGUCAGCCACCCCGAUGGAGGCCUCUGCCCUCUGUCAGCAGCCUGGGACCCCCUCCAGCAAAACCCCCCCUGCCUCCCGGCCCCUUGGACAUCCAGAGCUUUCAGAGAUUGUCCAGGGCAGCUGCAGAUCUACGCAGGACCCGUUCUUCUACCAGGAUUCACUUCCAGGCCCCACAGUCUGCAGAUAUCCCACAGGACCUGGAGGAGAUCUAUGAGACGUAUGACGAUGUGGAGCCCACAGACAACUCGAGCCCCAGCCCCAAAGGCAGAGGUGAAAUGCCAUCGACCCAGCAAGACACCAGGAGACCAUCACAAGACCCAGUAUCCAGGAAGGAGAAGGCUUCCCAGCCACAGCAGUUGCCACCCACGGACCCCAAGCUGCUGAAGCAGAUCAGGAAGGCGGAGAAAGCUGAGAGAGAGUUCCGAAAGAAGUUCAAGUUUGAAGGGGAGAUUGUAGUUCACACAAAGAUGAUGAUUGACCCCAAUGCAAAGACCCGCCGUGGGGGCGGCAAGCACCUGGGCAUCCGGCGUGGGGAGAUCCUGGAGGUGAUCGAGUUCACCAGCAAGGAGGAGAUGCUGUGUCGGGACCCCAAGGGCAAGUAUGGCUAUGUGCCCAGGACAGCCCUCCUGCCCCUGGAAACAGAGGUGUAUGAUGACGUCGGCUUCUGGGACCCUCUGGAGAACCUCCUACUCCCCCAGGGACCAUAAAGCCACAGGCUUGAAAGUUCAGGGCAGCCGCCAGCCCAGCACCUGCUCACGGAGGAGCCCCAGACUGCUGCUUGGCGAAGUCACAGAGAUGCCCAGGUUUCCAUCUGGGCACAUAAAAUACCUCUU